AUGAUUGACCAAUUGCAUGAAGAGGAAGACGCCAUGAUGAGUUUGAAAGGAGUUCAAUACAGUGAGGAGUGGUAUAUGGACUUGGGGUGUUCAACUCAUAUGACGGGAAUAAAGGAUUGGUUUGUCAAAAUCAAUCGUGCCAUGAAGAACAAAGUAAAGUUUACGAAUGACACCAUUCUAAUGGCCGACGAGAUCAGUGAUGUUUUGAUCAUGAGGAGGGAUGAUGGACAUUCCUUGAUCAAAGAUGUCUUUUACGUUCCGGAAAUUAAAUAUAACCUUCUAAGUAUUGGCCAAUUGCUUGAGAAGGGUUACAAGAUUCACAUGGAAGACAAGGGGUUGCGCGUUAUGGAAGCAAAAGGAGUUUUGGUCCUUAAGGCGCCUAUGGCUACCAAUAGAAGCUUCAAGGUUAAGUUGAAGGUUAUGAAGCAUAAAUGUCUUGCUACUCCAGUAAGUAGAGAAUAG